CAUACAGAAAAGAAAAAAGAGGAAAAAUUGCAUUCCGGUUUUGUCUACGUGUUUUUCGCUCCUUACAUUCCCAGGAACGGGAACAUUAAAUCGUUUUUACGGACAUAAAACGGAACGUCCGGUCGGUUAGAUUGUUCCAAACGCGAUCCUCGUAACUCGGUCCGUCGCGGGAAGUCAUGUGCUAGUGGUGGCGUUCGUUCGUUUUCCGGCCUUUUUGGAUCUUGUUUUCAGGUACCUACCGCGGCAAGAGGUGUUCCUCCCCCGAUCGAACAACAAAACAUGAAGUCUCCGCUCGUCAUCAUUUCGCUGGGGCUACCGCUGCUGGCCAGCCUGGUGUCGCUGGUGGUGGGCGACGAGCACACUCACAUGUAUGAAGACCACGAAGAGGUGGUGCUAUGGAUGAAUACAGUGGGGCCGUAUCACAACCGGCAGGAGACGUACGCUUACUUUUCGUUGCCGUUUUGCGUGGGGACCAAACAGACUAUCAGCCACUACCACGAAACGAUGAGCGAAGCCUUGCAGGGAGUGGAACUGGAGUUCAGCGGGUACGAGAUUGACUUUAAAGACGACAUUGCCCCAACGGAGAUCUGCAUGGUGGAACUGACUGAGAAGAAGCACAAAGCGUUCGUUUACGCCGUUAUGAACCAGUACUGGUACCAGAUGUACAUUGACGACCUGCCCAUCUGGGGAGUGGUAGGCAAGGAAGACGACAAGAAGUACUACAUCUACACGCAUAAAAAGUUCGACAUCAGCUACAACGGCAAGCAGAUUGUUGACGUGACGCUAACUCCGGAAAAGAAGGAACUGCUGAAAGUGGGCGCCAGGAUUAAGUUUACGUAUGAAGUUAACUGGAAACCGAGCAACGUCAAGUUUGAGGACCGGUUCGACAAGUAUCUGGAUCCGAACUUCUUCCAGCACCGAAUCCAUUGGUUUAGCAUUUUCAACAGUUUCAUGAUGGUCAUCUUUUUGGUUGGAUUGGUAUCGAUGAUUCUGAUGCGAACUCUGAGGAAAGAUUAUGCGAGAUACAGCAAGGACGAAGAAGCAGAUGAUAUGGAACGAGAUCUUGGCGAUGAAUACGGAUGGAAACAGAUUCACGGAGACGUAUUCCGACCAGCAUCGAAUGCUAUGAUGUUCUCGGCAUUAAUUGGAGCUGGCUACCAACUGACUUCGGUGGUUCUAUGUGUAAUUAGUUUCGCUAUUCUUGGGGAACUGUAUACAGAACGUGGAUCAAUGCUUUCGACAACCAUCUUCGUUUAUGCUGCCACUUCACCCAUCAAUGGCUACUUCGGAGGUUCGCUGUAUGCUCGUAUGGGUGGCAAACAAUGGAUUAAACAGAUGCUUCUGUCCGCAUUCAUCGUCCCGGCUCUUGUUUGCGGAACGGCAUUCUUCAUUAACUUUAUCGCCAUCUACUAUCACGCGUCGAGGGCAAUUCCUUUUGGAACUAUGGUUGCAGUCACAUGCAUUUGCAUCUUCGUGAUUUUGCCGCUGACGCUGAUAGGAACGAUCGUCGGUCGCAACUUGGACGGUCAGCCGGACUACCCGUGUCGAGUGAAUGCCGUUCCUCGACCCAUUCCGGAAAAGAAAUGGUUUAUGGAACCCCUGGUGAUCAUUUUGCUGGGAGGUGUUCUACCGUUCGGAUCGAUCUUCAUUGAGAUGUACUUCAUCUUCACCUCGUUCUGGGCGUACAAGAUCUACUACGUGUACGGUUUCAUGCUGCUGGUGUUCCUGAUUUUGAUCAUCGUGACCGUGUGCGUGACAAUCGUAUGCACAUACUUUUUGCUCAACGCCGAAGACUACCGAUGGCAGUGGACCAGCUUCAUGUCGGCGGCUUCCACGUCGAUCUACGUCUACAUCUAUUCGUUCUAUUAUUUCUUCUUCAAAACCAAAAUGUACGGCCUUUUCCAGACGGCGUUCUACUUCGGCUACAUGGCGCUGUUUUCCGGUGCGCUCGGCAUCAUCUGCGGCACGGUCGGCUACAUCGGAACGAACAUAUUCGUGCGGAAAAUUUAUUCCAAUGUAAAAAUUGACUAAUUUUACUCUUCUACAACUACCUAUAUAGCGCUGCAACUGUGAGCAAAGUAAAACCCGAUCCUCGUUUGAUUAGAGUUUUUUUCUGUUUCCAUUAGUAAUUUGUUUUCCGUUCGCAAGUCGAUAUAACUGAUAACUGAUGAUUAAUUAUAUUAAUUAUGUGUAUUAGCAGCACUACUAAAGCCAGUAGCAACUAAAACCGUUGGAAACAAACUUGAUAACAGAACGCUACAAUGUUAGGAACCCCCACGAAUGUAACAAAAUGCAAACCUGAACAAGCCACAAAAUAUAAAAAGAAGAAAGAUGGACUUUCGAGUAAACGUUGACAUAUGAGCAAUGAAAAGAAAAUUUACUGUGUUUUUAAAUCUUAAGUUAUGUGUAAAGAAAUGUAACAACCUAACUAUCGCCGUUCGAGCAGAAACGAUCCUAGGGUUAUUAAGGUACAUAUUUUUCGCGUUUUGAAACAAGACUUGUAAGCCAACCGAUCGUACUGAGACAACAACCGCACGUUCAUGUAGUAAGUGAUGGUAGAGAAAUGCAGACAUAAAGAAAAACGAAUAUGAAAUCAUAGGAAGCUGCAACAAAAUCCCGAUCCUGAAGGUGUGUAAAUCUAUGACUAAGUAAGAGGGACUACGAAAAUGAGAUAAAGAGACGGAAGUACAUAUACAUAGUUAAAUAAUUGUAUUCUCAUGAAGGCUUCUUCUGUAUGUGCUACAAACGGGCAGUUUUUAUUUGAGUAUAAAAUAGUGAAUCAAUAAACAACCAUAAAAAUUAA